AGAAGAAAAGAUGGCCCUGAUUUUAUCGCCUCUUUCUCCUCAACUCUCCACAUUUCCUUCUCCAUUUAAACAAAAUUCCUCACUAACUUACACACCCACCCUGACCCAACCGUGUAAUCUUCUAACCCGACCCACUACACGAAUUUCUUGCGCCACCCGACCCAGGAGGAAAACUGGUUCUUCAAGAGCUGAGGACAACGAAGCCAAGGAACUGGUUCGGGUGUUAAUGCGAAGUAUCAGCGAUAAAGAGCCCUUGGUUAAGACAUUGAGCAGAUACGUUAGAGUUGUGAGAUGCGAGCACUGUUUUCUUCUGUUUGAAGAGCUCGGCAAAACUGAUAAAUGGCUUCAAUGCCUCGAGGUUUUCAGAUGGAUGCAGAAACAACGGUGGUACAUUGCCGAUAACGGGGUUUAUUCGAAAUUGAUUACGGUUAUGGGAAAGAAAGGCCAGACUAGAAUGGCGAUGUGGCUCUUCUCCGAGAUGCGUAACAGUGGUUGUCGGCCUGAUGCUUCGGUUUAUAACGCCCUUAUCACGGCCCACCUCCAUUCCCGUGAUAAGUCGAAAGCUUUGGACAAAGCUCUGGGGUACUUCAACAAGAUGAAGGGAAUGGAACGGUGUAAACCCAAUGUUGUCACUUACAACAUUCUUUUGAGAGCCUUUGCUCAAGCUCGGAAUGUGGAUCAAGUUAAUACUUUGUUUAAGGAUCUUGCUGAGAGCAGUAUUGCACCUGAUAUAUAUACGUUUAAUGGCGUGAUGGAUGCAUAUGGGAAGAACGGGAUGAUCAGAGAGAUGGAGUCUGCUCUUUCUCGGAUGAAAAGUAGUCAGUGUAAGCCGGAUAUUAUUACGUUUAAUGUGCUUAUCGAUUCUUAUGGCAAGAAGCAAGAAUUUGAUAAGAUGGAACAAGUGUUUAAGAGCUUGUUGCGGUCUAAGGAAAGCCCUACCCUCCCUACAUUUAAUUCAAUGAUCAUAAACUAUGGCAAGGCUCGGCUUAAAGAGAGAGCAGAAAGUGUUUUCAAAAAGAUGACUGAUAUGAAAUACACACCAAGCUUCAUCACGUACGAGAGUCUUAUAAUGAUGUAUGGUUUCUGCGACUGUGUUUCUCGGGCGAGGGAAAUAUUUGAUGGGAUUGUCAACUCCGGAAAGGAAAUAAAAGUUUCAACCCUCAAUGCCAUGCUUGAAGUUUACUGCAUAAAUGGGCUACCUAUGGAAGCCAAUAGGCUAUUUGAUAAUGCAAAUAACAUUGGGGUGGUUCCCGACUCAUCGACAUACAAACUUUUAUAUAAGGCCUACACGAAGUCCAACAUGAAAGACCUUGUGCAGAAGUUGGUGAAAGAUAUGGAAAGAGAUGGAAUAGUCCCUAAUAAGAGGUUCUUCCUAGAGGCUCUUGAAACUUUUGGAUCUUUACCAGCUAAUCCAGGUUCUGUUCAAGCCACAAGGCGUGGCAGGCCUGAGUCUAAUGCAAAAACUGCGGUUAAAUUAAUUAAUUGAUUGGUUUGUUUAUUCUCCGGGUCUCCUUCCAACUAAGCCUGAUGAGAGCAACAGAUGGUUUUCGGUUUUGAUUAUAUUGCAGCACCGAUAGACUGUUCCCCCCCCCACAAAAUGCGGGUAACAAACCAAUUCUCCCUUCUGGUUUAAUCCUAAUUCAGUCCGUGUUCGAAUGCAAGGCAUUAAGGCGAUAAAUGUACAGCAUUGCUCAUAUUGGAGGCUUCAUCCAUACCUCAGUUGUAGUAACCAAGAGUUCGGGCAUUCUAUUUUGAAUUAUAAAGC